GUUUAUCUGUCAUUUCUAUUCAUCUGGUGAAUUUUUCGAAUAGCACGUUUGACAGUUUUACAUAAACCAAAUAAUAAACAAAAGUUUUAUUUUCAAAUUUUAAUAUCAGUUUCGAUUGUAUUAAUUGUUUGACAAAAUGACUUCAAUUCAAGAACGUCUUCAGCUAAAAAGAGAACCACUUGAUAAGUGGUCUGUUAGAGAACAAUUAUGCCUAGCUUCUGCUGUUUGUCGAAGUGGUGAUCAAAAUUGGAUGUCGGUAUCUAGAGCACUAAAACCUUUUGGUGAACCUAAUCGACCAUCGGAUUGGUUUCAUCAAAAAAAUUGUGCUGCCCAAUAUGGUAUGUUGUUAGGAAACGUAGAAACCCCUAAAAGAAAAAAUAAGAAGAGUAAUGUUGAUUCGGGAGGAGAAACUCCUGCAGAAAGUAUAUUAAAAAGGUUGGUGGCUGAAAGACAAGCAGAAUUGAAAAAGCUCUUAACUGAAGAAAAAACAGAAUAUCAAAAACUUCAAGCUGAUAUGGUACUUCUUCAAUCAGGUAAAGUAUCUGAAGAACAGUUGGACAAAUGGUGUCAGGAAAUAGAACAAGAAGAAACUCAAAAAGAACAAGAAUCUAUCCUACAUUCUCAAUGGCUCAAAGAAAGAGAGUUAAGAAAACAAGAAAUAGAAAAAGUUUGGAGACCCACAAAGCCUAUAGUUGGCCAUAAACGUAAAAGUUCUGAUCCUCUAGACAAUUUGAUAGAACAAGAACAAAUGGAUGAAAUUGCACUACAGCAGCAGCAACCUCAUCAUCAGAUAUAUCCACAAACUCCUGAACCUAUGAAACAAGCUCUAUCUCCUUUACUUACUAGCUUAUUAAAGUCUCCUUCUCAAGUACCAAACACUCCUAUUUUACAUACAGCCAUAACAAAUAGACCUUUACCCAAUACUAGUACCAAUCCUAUGAUAGCCAGCUUAUUAAAUUCAUCACCAACUGUAACUGUAUCACCUAGUUUACAACAAUUAGUAAGUUCAGCAAUAGGCCAAGAAACACAAGAAAUUAUUGGACAAAUGCAGCCUUCUCAACAACAACAACAACAACAACCUAUAAUUCCAAAUGGUAUAUUAGAUGAUGAAAAUUUACCUAAUAUAAAAAUAGAUGAUUUAGCAAACAGUAUUUUGGUUCAGGAUGGUCCCCUACCAGAAAUCAAAAAAGAAGAAGUUGAUGAUAUUAUUUCAGAAAUAAUAGAAAAUGCCCAUGAUAUCGUCACUGAUCCUGAACAGCAUUUGGAACUAGAUGGGAAUGGAGACAUUAAUCUGGGAUUGGAUGAUUUUGAUGAUGAUGAUGAAGCUGAUUUACAGGAUAUUGGACAACCCAAGACAGAGACAAAAGAUGAUGAGAAGAACGAAGAGAAGAUUGUUUCUCCACCACCUAUUGUAGAUCCUUUCGAAUUUCGAGAGGAUCCUGUAAUUCCUUUAACUCAUUCUGUUAAGGUUUCCAAUAUAAACAAACAAGACCAGAAGCAGUAUGUUCCACAAUACCAACAGCAAACGUACACGGAAUCUGAUAUCAGUGAAAGUAAAGAAAUUGAUAACAUGGAAACUGAUAACAAAGUCGAAGAUACACAAAAUGUUGAAGUAGAUGAAAAAAAUUCGAGCUCAGAUACUACUAAUCAGACUCAUUCAACAGAGGAUACAAAACCAGAUCUUCCCGAAGAGAUUGUAGUUAAAGAAGAACCGGCUCCUGUACCUGGAUCAGUUGAAAUAGUAGAAGUAGUUGUCACAGAUGAUGAUGAAGAAAUUGAAAAAGUUGAAAAUAAAUGUGAAGUGGAUACUUCAAAAGUUGAUAACAUAGAAGAAAUAAAAAUUCCAAAAGAAGAAAUAGAAGAAAAAGUGAAAAUUGAAAUCGAAGCGAACAUUGUUACUGAUAGCAAAGAAAUAGAGUCGACAGCUACUAUUGAAGAAUCUUCUGAAACAUCUGAUACAACUGCUGAAGUGAAAAAAGAAGUUGAACAAGACACUGUUCCAAAGACUGAAAUUACAGAUGAGAUAUACGAUGAAGCAAAUAUAGAAGUCAAGUUUGAUAAAACCGUAAAGGCAAAGAGGGAUUAUUCAAGAACAAAGAAAAAAGACGAGAAAGCUUUUAAUAUAUUACUAGCAAUAGAAAAGGCUCAACUUGAAGAUCCAGAUUCAACAAUGGAAGAUAAUCUAUCAGAUAAUCCACCUGACCAAGACAAGAAAGAUUUAAAACAGAAAAUAAAAAUUGAAAACGAUAGAUCCAAUAGUCCAUGGACGGAAGAAGAAGAAGGUGCUGCUAAGGGUAGCAAAAGGAGAUAUUCGACUCCGGUCACACCUACUGAUUCCAUUCCAAAUUCUCCGGCAUCAAGUUCGGCUAUUUGUGACGAUGAUCGCGAAUAUAAAAACUGGAAAAAAUCCGUCAUGUUGGUUUAUAAUAGGUUAGCUACUAAUAAAUACGCUUCGUUGUUUUUGAAACCAAUCAAUGAUGAUCAAGCACCAGGUUACAGCGCUACAAUAUAUCGACCAAUGGAUCUACUGACUAUCAAGAAAAAUAUUGAAAACGGUACAAUCAGAUCAACACUCGAAUUUAAACGGGACACUAUGUUGAUGUUUACCAACGCCAUCAUGUAUAACAGAACAAAUAGUUUAGUGUACAACAUGGCGUUAAAAAUGCAACAAGAAUGCAUAGAACCCAUAGAAAUAUUGAUGAUGGCUGGAAGCAAUAACGAUUUUUCUUUAAGAAGAGAAACCAGAACCAGUGACAUAGGAACAAAACGGAAGAGAACAUUCACUGAUGAAAUUUUAUUAAAAUCCACUGCAAAAAAGAGGAAGGAAGAUUAAACCUGGAAUUAUGAUAGAGCAGAGCCAAAGGGAGAAGAAAUUUUGUUCAAUUAGAAUGAAAUUGAAUGGUUUGAAUUGAUGUUUUAGAAAUGUAAUAUUCAGUUGUAAAGAAGAUUUAUUUAAAUAGAUGAAUAAAGAGGUUAAUUUUGAAAA